UGGGAAGUGAAACUGCCAAUGUCAAAUAACGCCUGGAUCAGCUGUCGAACCACCAUCCUCUGUAAACAUUUUUUCUGAGUGCCUCUAGUGCACUUUUACCCGUUAUUUCCAGGCACCAUGAACUCCUUCACGUGUCCAGCCAGAGCUGCCCUGUCGCUGUGUCGUCGUCCUGCGGGGGGCUUGAAGGUGUUUGGGGGGUCUUCAUGUUCCUCUAUUGGACUUGACAAAGCCUGUGUUCAGGCUGUGAGGGUGUGUCACUCUGGGACCAACCGAAAUGGCAUUGUAUUCACUAAGAAGAGGGGCUAUGACAUCACAAGAAAUCCUCACCUGAACAAGGGUAUGGCUUUCACACUGGAAGAGCGUAUGCAGUUGGGCAUCCAUGGCUUGCUGCCUCCCUGCUUUCUGUCUCAGGAUGUUCAGGUCCUACGUGUCAUGAAGAGCUAUGAACUGCGCUCAAAUCCACUCGACAAGUACAUUUUGCUCAUGACAUUACAGGACAGAAAUGAGAAGCUGUUCUAUCGCUUGUUGACUUCUGACAUAGAGGAAUUCAUGCCCAUUGUUUACACUCCUACAGUUGGCCUGGCCUGCCAGCAAUAUGGACUUGCCUUUAGGAGGCCGCGAGGGCUCUUCAUCACUAUCCAUGAUAAAGGGCACAUUGCUACUAUGCUCAAUUCCUGGCCUGAAGAAAACAUAAAGGCCAUUGUAGUGACAGACGGCGAGCGUAUCCUGGGUCUGGGGGACUUGGGCAGUUAUGGUAUGGGCAUCCCUGUGGGUAAACUGGCUCUGUACACUGCCUGUGGAGGGGUAGCACCUCAGCAGUGCCUCCCUGUACUCCUGGACGUUGGCACCGACAACCAGACACUUCUCAAUGACCCUUUGUACAUUGGACUAAAACACAAGAGAAUCAGAGGCAAAGAGUAUGAUGAGUUGAUUGAAGAGUUCAUGCAGGCUGUGACAGAUAAAUAUGGAAUGAACUGUCUAAUUCAGUUUGAAGAUUUUGCCAAUAGCAAUGCCUUUCGCAUCCUCAACAAAUACAGGAAUCGAUACUGUACCUUCAAUGAUGAUAUUCAAGGCACUGCCUCAGUGGCUGUGGCCGGAGUUCUGGCUGCACUAAGGAUUACAAAAAACAAACUUUUAGACCACACGUUUGUGUUCCAAGGAGCAGGGGAGGCUGCUAUGGGCAUUGCCCACCUGCUCAUCAUGGCCAUGUCUAAAGAGGGAGUGAGCAGAAAAGAGGCUGCCAAGAGAAUAUGGAUGGUGGACUCCAAAGGUCUUAUUGUUAAGGGUAGAGGUAACCUUAACCAUGAAAAGGAGGAGUUUGCCCAUGACCAUCCACACCUGAAGACUCUAGAGGAGGUGGUAGAGACCAUCAAACCCACCGCCAUCAUAGGUGUUGCAGCAAUUGCAGGAGCAUUCACUGAGAAGAUUAUCAAAGACAUGGGAUCUUUCAAUGAAAGGCCAAUCAUCUUUGCUCUGAGUAAUCCCACCAGCAAAGCAGAGUGCACAGCUGAACAGUGCUACACACUCACAGAGGGUCGGGGCAUUUUUGCCAGUGGAAGUCCUUUUAAUAAGGUGACUCUAGCAGAUGGACGCACCUUCUACCCUGGUCAGGGCAACAAUGCAUAUGUCUUUCCGGGAGUUGCUCUGGGUGUUAUCGCCUGCGGGGUGCGCCACAUAAGUGAGGACAUCUUCCUCACAACAGCAGAGGCCAUCGCUGACAUGGUGACAGAGGAGAAUCUAGCUGAAGGCCGAUUGUAUCCACCUUUGAAGACCAUCAGAGAGGUUUCUUUUAAGAUUGCAGUUCAGCUCGUAAACUAUGCAUACCAACACAACAUGGCGUCCAUGUACCCUGAGCCUAAGGACAAGGAGGCGUUUGUGUUGUCCCACAUCUACAGUCCUGAUUAUGACUCCUUCACCCUGGACACAUACUCCUGGCCUGAGGAGGCCAUGAAGGUCCAGGAUGUCUGAUUCUUGCACCUUAUUGUUUAUUAUGUUUUUUAUUAUUGUCAUUGUGUUUCUCCUACAGAAAGGAUACAUAAGAAUUUGUUGAAGGUUUAGGUCUGGAAUCCUUUUGUUUUACUUCUUUGUAUGAUUUUUAAGUAACUGCAUAUCAAAUUAUUGUAUGAAUCUCAUUCUUCUAGACCAAUAAUUAUGAGAUGGGAGAGUCAAAGUAUGGUUCUCUGUAGUCUAUUUUCCAAAGAGAUUUACAGCUAUUACAGUGCCUCUUUAACAGUAACCAAGACAUCACUGCCCCCAGUCAUUUUUAAGUAAAAAUUGCACUUCCUUUAUUAUUAAUUUAAUAUGGCAACUGGACUGAAACACUCCAGGAAAUAUCUGACUUGACCCUGUAUGCUGUUUACUCCAAUGCUUAAUGCUACUGUAUUGUGCGCCUUUAUUUGGUGUGGCCAUGAAGAGGGUUUGUGCACUGUUCGCUGGACCCAAUGCUGUUUGUCAUGUUUAGCCAUGUUAUGGAUGCAUAAAAUGAACUAUGUAAAAAACUACAGUAUAGUUAUAUUGACGUUUUUCAUAUAAAAUUUACUUUCGAAGGGAACACACGGCUUUUGAAUAAAGAUCUUAAAAUAC